CGGACUGCGGUGCUGCAGAGCCAGAUUGGGUGUCUGUGACUCUGGGUGUGUUCGUGUGUCAGGGAUGCUCUCUCAUCCACAGAAGUAUCCCCUGCCUCAGCCAGGUAAAGUCUGUACUGCAGGACACGUUUGAGAAUAAUGAAACAGAGGUGAGUGAAAAGCUCCUUACAGAUGAUUUAUAAACAGUUCUGUUGCUUAUCAUAGAAAACAGUUGGGUUUGUUUGUUUUUUUGGCUCAAAACAAUUCUGUUGCUUAUCAUAGAAAACAGUUGGGUUUGUUUGUGUUUUUGGCUCAAAUUUGUUUUACUCAGAUUUACUUGGGCUGUUGGCUCCUCCAGGGCUGGUCUUAUUGAAGAAAAGCAGCUCUCUUCGAUGUCCAUCCAAAACCAUCUAAAUCUGCUGUAAUCUCAAAAGCGACAGAGAUUGAUUGGCAGUUUGCCUACUUUAAAGAUUGAGGAUGAAAUCCAUUAGGGCAUGACGUGAGCUUGGGUAUCUAAAGAGGAGAGCGGUUUGUGAUUAUCUUAACAGAGACAUGAUGGACAGAAACUUUGAAUUAGAACCGUUGAAUAAUAAAGAGAUGAGCAAAAACUUACAUCCUUUGCAUUUAUUGUAAAUAAAAAAACAUAUAAACCAUUACAACAGAUCUGAAUAAUUAAUAUGUACUAUACAAGUAUUACUUUUGAUAGUACAGGGUUUCCCAAAUUGUGUUCACUGUGGAUUGUUUUUGUGCCUUUCAUGUUAUUUGUACUCUAAGUCACUUAAAUGUUCAUGCGGCGAUUUGCAAUGCGACAAAACUAGAUUGCUCCCUGUGACGAGGUGGAGGGCGGGGCCGGGCCGUGACUACACAUGCCCGGCCCCCAAUCGGGCUCCGGCCUGCCCGGGGAGGAGUGUGACGAAGCGGAGGGCAUGGCGGGGCCAGGCGUGCAUAGCCAAUUGGGCAAAUCAGCCGAGGAGAGGGAUAAAUGCGACGAAAUGUGGCAGUUCGGGAGAGAGAGAGCCACAUGCAGCUGCCAUGUAUGCGUUUAUGUUUUUGUGUCUUUUUGUUUAAAUUAAAUAUCACUUUGAUUGUUCAGCCGGUUCCCACCUCCUCCUUUCCCAUUUCAACCUUGUUACAUUGGUGCCGAAUCCCAGGAAGCAGGAGGGAUGCUCUGUCGUGGAGUCCUCACCACUGCCAUCCACCCAAAGGAGCAGCCAUAGCCAUCCGCCGUGGGACAGAGGGGCUCGCUGCCGACCGCCUGGACGCGGAGGAAUGACUGCCAGGGUGGAGGAGUUCCCUGCCGGCCGCCAAAACUCGGAGGGGCGUUCCAUCCGCCCGGGGAAGAGCAGCUGCCAUCCACCAGAGGGUGGAGUGAUGGAGGACCAGGCGAUGGCGUGUCUGGGAAACCGGCGAGCACGUUUUUUUCUCUCUCUCUCCUCUCUCUCUCUCUCUCUCUCACUGUUGCUCCUCCUUGCCCUUUCCCUCUCCUCUUUUUUGUUUUUGUUUUGUUUUUCCCUCCCCUCGUCCCCCUCCCUAGCCCUAGAGAGGUGGGGAAAAGCCUGCCAGCAGAUGCCCCCGGAAAGGUGGGGGGGGGUGUACGUCAUGCCUGGGGUUCCCCGGCCUGAGGCAAAGGAGGGAGGAGUGUGACGAGGAGGAGGGCAGGCCAAUUGGGCAAAUCAGCUGAGGAGAGGGAUAAAUGCGGCUGAAUGCGGCAGUUCAGGAGAGAGAGAGCCACAUGCAGCUGUCAUGUUUUAUCGCCUCUAUGGGGAACGAAGCAGCAAAGGCAAAUUACGAACAGCAAGUACCACCGUUUUAUUACCGGCCCUCCCACACAGACUGCAGAAUUUUGAGGGAACAAUGGAUCAGAGCCAAAUAUGAGAGACAAGAGUUUAUACACAUUGAGAAACAAGAGCCUUAUUCAGCAGGGUACAGAGAGGGGUUUCUAUGGAAACGUGGUCGAGACAACGGGCAAUUCCUCAGUCGCAAGUUCAUUCUGUCUGAAAGGGAGGGAGCGCUCAAGUACUUCAACAAGCAGGAUGCGAGAGAAGCAAAAGCCAUAAUGAGGAUUGAAACCCUAAAUGCUACUUUCCAGCCAGCUAAAAUAGGCAACCCCUGUGGACUGCAGAUCACCUAUCUCAAAGACAACAGCACCAGAAAUAUCUUUGUGUACCAUGAAGACAGUAAGGAAAUGGUGGACUGGUUCACUGCAAUCCGAGCAGCACGGUUUCAUUACCAAAAGGUGGCAUUUCCUGGAGCUAAUGAUGAGGACCUGGUACCAAGACUUACACGGAACUUCAUGAAGGAAGGUUACAUGGAGAAAACCGGCCCAAGGCACACAGAAGGUUUUAAGAAAAGGUGGUUUACUAUGGACGAUAGGAGACUGAUGUACUUUAAAGAUCCCUUGGAUGCAUUUGCACGUGGAGAGGUCUUCAUCGGCAGCAAGGAGAACAGCUAUACAGUCGGACCUGGACUGCCACCCUCUAUUCAAGGCUACCAUUGGAAGUAUGGCAUCACCAUUGAAACACCUGACAGGAAAUUCCUGUUUGCUUGUGAAACAGAAGCAGAACAGAAGGACUGGAUCGCUGCUUUUCAGAGAGUCGUCAACCGACCAAUGAUGCCACAGGAAUACGCAGUUGAGGCUCAUUUUAAGCACAAGCCUUGAUGCUGGCUGUAGACCUGCCUAUAUCCAGGUGGGACUGGACAAUAAACAGCAACUCUGUCCAAUGACUCUGGAUACAUGGAGAUGGAGAUUGGGGUGAGCUCUGGACCACAGCAAGUCUCAAAAACUACAAAAGAAGAUUUCCCUUUCUACCUAAAUUUAGUACUAAAGGACCAGACACUGGACUUCAUUGACAACUUCUUAACAGGGCGUAGUCACUGAGGUUUCAUUGUUGUGAAUGUCCCUUUGUAUUUGUUUAAACUCCUCUUUACCAAAGCAGACAUACUGGGUGUCAUUAGCCAAGCUACUGUAUAGAUAUGGCAUGUGAAUGUUCAUUACACUUCAUGUAAAGAUAAAACCUUAACAUUUACUCUCUAAAUGAAGUGGUUGGCAGGCAGCACCAAGUACAGUUGUUGCAUUUUCUUUGCAAUACAUUUUGACUGAUGUUAUUUAUUGGAAAUACCAUAUUGUACUGAAUAUCCAAGCAAAUGCUGCUUUAAAGUAUUGUGGAAUCCUCAGACGCUAAGCAAAAUUAUUUACGUUCAAUUGUCCAAAUGUUUUUUCUGUUUAUGUUCAGUUAAAGGGGUCUUUGAAUCCCCACUAUUCAUUGUGUGGCUGGCAGAUGUGCUGAGUAACUUGCCCAUCACUCAAAUGUGUUAGUAGUCACGGCAAAAAGGAGAAAAUCUCGAAACCAUGUUAGAAAUCGAUAUGUGAAUGAAGAAGCUCUGAUUUAUAAUGAUAUCAUAUAAAGGGCAGUUUUAAGAGCAGAUCAUUUCAUAGCAUAGCGUCAUAUUAUUCUCCAUACUACUUUUGUUGUGUGUAAAUGGUGACUAAGAGCUUCAUUAACAGUUUUUUUGUCUAUACAUCUUGCAAUGCUGAUAAUUCUGUUUUUGAGUAAUCCUCCUCCACAAGGUGGCAGCACAUCACAAAUUAAGAUGCAGCUGCACGUCCCUUUAUUUUUAAAGGAAUAGUUUACCCAAAAAUGAAAACUCAGUCAUCAAUUAGGUACCCUCAUGUUGUUCCAAAUCCAUAUGACUCUCUUUCUGUGGAACACAAAAGGUGAAUUGUUUGAAGAAUAUCCUGGCUAUUCUUUUCCAUGAUAUGAAAGUGAUUUGGGAACGGUGCUGUCAAGCUCCAAAAGGACAAAAAAGCACCAUGAAAGUAUCAUAAAAGUAAUCCAUCCAGUUUAUGCACUAUAUUACAAGUCUUCUGAAGCUAUACAAUAGCUUUGUGUAAGAAACUGAUCAAACUUUAAAGGUGCUGUAAGUGAUUUUAGCCAUUCUGUAAUUAUUUAAUGUGUUUGAACAUAUCUGUUCUUAAAACAGAUCUUGUUAACUGUGGCCCUCCUGUUCAGGUUACAAUGUUCAGUUCUGAUUAGUUUAAAAUAAGGGUAAGUUAACAUUCAGUAACAAAAAGUACUAUGGAAAUGCCAUGUUUUUGGGGGGUACAUUGGGGGUAUAACUGGUACAUGGCUUUUACCAGUUUCUCAUUUGGUGGACUAGUGUCACAUAUUUGGUGGACUAGUGUUACAUAUAUGGAAAUGGCAGCACUAAAUCAGUGCAAUUGUUAAAAAUGAAUAUAUACUGUAAUAAUACAUUCAUAAUGUAUCCUUAAAAAGUCUUUUAGUUACACCAUUUUCAUAUUUACAAAAUGCAUAUUACAGAAAAUGUCAUUUGUAAUGUAAUUUGGUGUGUGUGACUGUGUGUGUAUGGAUAGGGUUGGGGUUUGUCAGACACCGUUGCCUGACAUGAUGCAUUCCACUGCCUUCAUCCCCAUCCGCCUGGCUCCACUGCACUGUGGAAUUGUGUAUUUCAAUGUUGGUUCUGUCUGGUUGCUUGUUGUCAUUGGCGGCUGGGCUGUGCAAGUGAAGCUGGGAAGACACUAUAACUUACACAGCAAGAGGCUGUUUUCAACCCAGCAGGAAAUCAUUAAUUAGGGUGGGGUUGCUUAAGCACUGACCAUCCUAUUUACUUCACAAGAGUGGUCCGGGAAGGUAAAGAAGACUCUGAGUACCAUCAUACUAUCUGUCAAUCACGACUUAAACAUAAAACUUCUCAAAUACACAGUGAAAUCACAAAGGAAAAUGAGUUGAUGAUGUAAUUAGUUUUUAAAAAAGCUGCAUUGUGUGUGUGUGUUUAUUUUUUUUUUUUAAGUUUAUUUACAUGAAGGAGAGCAUGAACUUUGCCUCUAUACCAUGCAAUAUAUAAAAACAACAACAACAACAACAAAAACUCUUUAGCUUAAAUUGAUUCAAUUGUGGACAGUGGUUACACAUGUUUGAAAUGAGUUUUAUUAACUUAAAAUUACUACAGUAUGUAAUCUCAAUUCAAAUAUAUCCUGUAGAGGGAACCUAACUGAAAUGGGUAAACACAACAAAAUGAAACAUGUCAAAGUAACUCAAAUUAAUUUCUUUCAUUUUUUUUUUUUUAAUAAACUGGCUAGUGAUACCACAUAUUAAUAUGCUAAAUACAUGUUGGUGGUAAGCACAACAGAGUGCAGCUUGGUGACUAUGCCAUAGUUAGCACUGCAAUUGCUCAAUAUGGAAAAUAUGUCUUAUGAACCUGUCCUUUUCCUAAGCUCAAGUGCCACUCUUCACCGUAAUGGUAACUGCCAAAACUCCUACAUAACAGAAGCUCUUCAAAAUCUUAACUUAACAACACAUUAAAAAUGAACAAGUAUCCCCUUUCUAUUUAUCUUGUACAAAAACACUUAAAAUAACACUUAAUUUGUACAUUUACUCUCCAUAUCGAGUCCCAUGCAAAGAAUGCUGGAAACUAGAAAUCCCCUGCCCAGUUUCAUCAAUGCUACAUUAAUAUUAAUGCCACAAAAAGCAUUUGUGUUGUCCCAAAUCAAAUGGAUUAAGUAAACUUCCAUUUUACAAAUUUAAAUAAAUAGAAUGCAAUGAAAUCAAGUUGUGACAAAAUGUUCUAGAAUUGUGUUUGCGGUAGUUUUUUGAACAAACAGAAAAAAAAAAACUGUUUGUUUUUUUAGUGUACUUUUUUGUGUGCAAACUUUUGUUAUUAUUUAGAAGAUGUUUAGUUGAGAGAUGGGCUAGUCCAACCUUCUAGUCCAGUGAAUAUUUCUCAUGGCAGAUUUAGUUUUGAAUGUCAGUUUCAUAUGUGUUUUUGUUCAUGUUUUAAUUUCAUGUCUUUUAUUUUAAUAGUUUAGUUCCUGUUUUAUAGUCAUGUGUUCAUGUCAUGUGUUUUCCUGUUCCCUCAUGUGAACUUGUCAUGUGAUCCUGUCAUGUGUUUCCCCUGUUCAUGUGUCUUGUCUUUUCACUGGUUAAAGUUUAUUAGUCUUGUUAUCUUGUUAACAGUUCUGUCUGUUGAUUGGUUGUCAUUGUCAUGCAUGUUCAUGUAUUGAAGCCCUCAUGUUUGCCUUUGUCGGUUGUCAGGUAUUGUUUUGGUGUAAUGUUGUUCAAAUCAAGUCAAGUCCAUGUUUACGUCGCUUUGUUUUGUA